AAGGGACUAUGGUUGUGGAGACAGCCUGCUGUGAAAGCUAAACAGCUACAUGUCAGUAGGGUACCUGUAUCACAUGUUAAUUGCAUUCUCACCUUGCCAUUGGCACGUGUGCACCAACAGGCUAUCAAGAUAGGAAUGCCAUUUUGCAAAAGACACCUGCACAUCCACAUGUACACCUGCACCUUCUCUUACAAGAAUGUUGUAACUCAUUUCUUUACUAGGGCCUUGUAUAUAAGGUGUCAUGGUACAUCUGAAUAGCUAUAUAACCUAUAGUUGAAGUUUCUGUACUAGUAAUGGCUGCAUGUGUCACAUACAGUGACGCUGCAUGUUUCACAUACGGUGACACUAAAAUCCUUACUGCGCAUCCUGGAUACUGAAGGUAUGGAUCUAGCCUCAACAGCAGAUAGUGGACCUCCUGCAAAGAAGGAACUCAUUUCAACCGAAUCAGCAUUGUGUGGCAAUUGCUCUCACCUUCAGUCAAUGAUGUGCAACUGCAUGAUGGAAGGAAACAAGAUGUACGAUCGAUUAGGACUAACAGGUAUGUACUCGUGCAGUGAAGUCGUCAACCUCAAACCUGCAAUAGGGGUUUCAAUCUGUCAAGACUUCUUUAUAACGCCUGAACAGUGUCAUGAAAUUUUUGACAACCUUCAAUCACAGGCAGAGUGCAACGUAAAUGGUCGUUCUGCAGGCGUGCUAGUGAUUCAUCCGUUUUCUUUUGCUGUAGCAGUAGACCGUGGACUUACAGUUUUUUUUGACAGUCAUUCUCACGGCGAAAACGGUGCUCUUCUUGCUAUUGUUUCGUUUGCUGAUAGCAAGGCUUAUUUCGAGAAGUUCCUAAACACGUACUAUGCUUUCUUGAAGUAUGAUGGCAGUGUAAGAGGAAAGUACGCUCAACUUAGUAUAUUGUGCCUCUAGCGGUAACUGACAGAACAUUCUAAUACGAGUUAUUAUCAUAAUGAUUGAGUUAAUUAAUAGUUGGAAACGUAGUUGCUACGUGAUGCGUCUUCUACUUCUACGUCUCAUUGUAAUUUCCAAGUAAUAGCAACAUUGCAGCAGAAAUACAUACACAGAAAUUAGCUGUUUCCGUGCAGAGUACUCCGUUCUCUCUCUCU